AUGAACGUGACGGUUCCGGCGUAUCUUGGCAUGAUCAAGCAGCACUCGGCGGAUGUGCUGCUUCGACCCGAGUUCUUCGAGAGGCGGGUGAGUAAGGCUCUGAACAUUGAGAUGCAGGUGGCAAAGCCGGCUUUGUAUUUUCCCGAAGGCAGCGUGGAGUUGAGGUACAAUGUGGGCACAAGAGGGAACGGUGUUGAUGAUGCUGUGUGGCCAAAAGAUCUCUUGAUGGAGAUUGUGAAGGUGUAA